UGGAUGAUUUUUCACAACUUAAAGGAAGAGCCCUGCUCCAAUCCAUGCUUGCCUUGACUGUUGGAUGAUAAAACUCCCUCUCUCUUUCUCACUCAUAUGGGGAACUCCCUUUCCUGCUCACCAAUUCAAUUCAAUUCUUCACCAAGAUCUGUCAAGGUUGUGAAUACUGAAGGAAAGGUCGAGGAAUACAUGCGGCCGGUCAUGGCUGCUGAGCUAAUGCUGGAAAACCCUCAGCACUUCCUUUGCGAUGCCCGUCACCUUCACGCUGGUCACCGGAUUCCGGUGGUGCUAGCGGACCAAGAGCUCGAGCAACAGCGAGUCUACUUCCUCUUACCCAUGGAGAUGCUCUACUCUGUCCUGUCCCAGAAAGACAUGGAGUCCCUCUCUCUGAAGGUCUCCCCAGCUACAAGAAGGAUUGGCUUCGGGGGCAUUUUCCCUAUGCUGGGCGAGUCCUGCAUAUUCCCUUCUCAGUGCAGGUCAAGAAAGAAAGAUGCCAACUUGUUGGCAGCCCCUGUAUGCUUAACAAGGCAGAGGUCUUCUCAGCAGUGGAGACCCUCGUUGUAUACAAUCGUGGAAACUCCAAGAAGGCUCUGACAACUAUAUAUGGUUACCACCAUCCUUGUGAUUAUCAUCAAUGCCGCCAGCAUCGCCGUCAUCAUUGCUUGUUUGAGAUUGCUCAGGUUCACUAAAUUGCUUUCAUGUAAUUGGAAGUGUUCAAAUUAAGCUGCUCUCUGCAAUAGAUCAAAAGCUUAA